AUGGGAAAAGUGAUGGAGCAGGUGGAGAAGGCAGAGAACCAAAAAGAGAAAAGAAUUGUGCUAACUAAGCCAAUGAUAUUAGAAAAGGAAUGUGAUUCAGACGCGGGUUAUAAGGCCCCUAACCUUAUGCAACGCAUAAUGAGUUUAUUAAAAAAUGUACGCCCAGGAUCUGAUCUCACACGCUUCCAGCUACCACCUCUAUUUAACUUGCCAAAGUCACAACUACAGUGCUAUGGUGAAUCAGUGUAUUGCACGUCUUUGGAUUUGCUAAGCAUAUGCAACAGUGGACAGAAUCCAUUGGAAAGGUUCAUAUCUGUGGUAGCAUGGUGCAUAUCUACCACACGGCCUGUCACUUUUGGGGUUGCUCCUUAUAACCCUAUUCUGGGUGAGACACACCAUGUUUCAAAGGGAAACCUUAACGUGCUAUUGGAACAGAUUUCACAUCACCCUCCAGUAAGUGCCCUCCAUGCAACAGAUGAGAAAGAAAACAUUGAAAUGAUAUGGUGCCAGCAACCUGUUCCAAAGUUUAAUGGCACAUCAAUUGAAGCUCAAGUGCAUGGUAAACGGCAGCUGAAGCUCCUAAAUCAUGGUGAAACAUAUGAAAUGAAUUGUCCUCACCUUUCAUUCAGAAUUCUUCCAGUCCCUGGGGCUGAUUGGGCUGGCACAGUUAAUAUAAGGUGUCUAGAGACAAGCCUAGUUGCUGAGCUAUCCUUCAGAUCAAGUUCUUUUCUUGGAGUUGGGGGAAAUCAUAGAGUGAUCAAAGGGAAGAUCCUUGAUUCUUCAUCAUUGAAAGUUCUAUACCAAGUUGAUGGUCACUGGGAUAGGAUUGUAAAAUUGAAGGAUACAAAUAAUGGGAAAGUUAGAGUGAUAUAUGAUGCAAAUGAAGCGAUUUCAGGGCUCCAAGCUCCUAUUCUAAAGGAUGUGGAGGGUGUGUGGCCAACAGAAUCAGCCCAUGUUUGGGGUGAAUUGAGCCAAGCCAUUUUGAACAAAGACUGGGAGAAAGCAAGAGAAGAAAAGCAUACAGUGGAGGAAAGACUGAGGGAGCUAGAGAGAGAAAGAGAGUCAAAAGGGGAAACUUGGACUCCUAAGCAUUUUGUGGCAUCUUAUAGCAAAGAAGUAGGGUGGGAGUGUUCACCUAUUCGUAACAGGGUAUCAAUAGCCCCCAUCGUGGCCCAAUAA